AUGUCCAUUUAUCACGACGAGGUGGAAAUUGAAGAUAUGGAAUAUGACAAGGAUACAGAAACAUUCUUCUACCCGUGCCCGUGUGGAGACAAAUUUGAGAUAACGAUGGAGGACCUUGAGAAUGGCGAAGAAGUGGCCAGGUGCCCAAGUUGUUCCCUCCUUGUCAAAGUUAUUUACGACAAA